AUGGCAGACUUCGAAACCCCAGAACUCACUACGCUCCGCGUACUAGUGUCUCUCAAGGAGGCAGCACGCAUUAUCGGCACACAAGGAGUCAGCAUCCAGAAAAUCAGAGAGUCUAACAACGUCAAAAUCGGGAUAUCUCCGCACGAAAGAGGAUGUUCAGACAGAAUUCUAAGCUGUACUGGAUCAGCACAAGCUGCAGCCAACGCUGUCAGUGACGUAGUGGAGAUUCUGAACGAGGACGACGCGGUGCCGGAGGAACACUCGUACAAGCCCUUGAACUUCAUUUUGCCCGUUCCAACAGCAACGGAAAUCCAGGACCCGGAGUCGACAAAAAGAAUCGGAAAUCUAAGACUGAUCGUGUCAAACUCGCAGGUCUCGUCGAUCAUUGGGGCACAAGGGUCGCGCAUAAAAUCGUUGAUCGAGAAACACGGCGUAAAAGUCGUGGCUUCCAAAAAUUUCCUGCCAGAUUCGCAAGACCGGAUUGUGGAGAUCCAAGGGUUUGCAGGGUCCAUUGCGGCGUGUCUUGUUGACAUCAGCGACAUUCUGGCCCACGAAACGAAGCCCACAAGCGAAAAACAGUACUAUCCGCAUACCAAGAGCCAAGAAGAGGGCUCUGUCACCAAAGAGGUCGCCGUACCUGUCGAGUUUGUGGGUGCGCUGCUGGGACGAGGCGGAAACCGGGUUUCAAGUCUACGCAAGUACACCAAGACCAAGGUCAUAGUAAGCGACGAGUCCAACGAAGACAACAGCCGCAUUUUCACUAUCACAGGUAACAACCAAAAUAGCGUAAAAUUGGCGGAAACCAUGCUACUCAAAAACCUCGAAACCGAGAAACACAGGCGUGAGGAGAAAGAGUGA